AUGGGAACUCUACGUGAGAUUCCCAUACAGGCUGUAAGCUGGGAACCUCCUAAGCGAAAGACAACAGCUAUGGUCGAAAGCAGUUCGAAACCAAGAAAAAGUCUGAUUUUCGUUUCCGCUCACCAUCGGAAUUCACUGCUUAUCGGAACGGUAUUGUGUCGGGUGAGUUCGUCCAGAAUAUUCGUAACGCAUAUGCUAUCCUGGAAAGAUCACCAAAGCCAUACACCGUCGAGCAACUUGCUGUUGCUGUCAUGCAGGCUUUUGUCGACACAACUCGCUGAUGCCGUGAUCAGCAAAGAUGGGAUAUUGGCAUUCUGUGAGGACCAUGGUUUGCCCCAGGACAACUUGCGUAUAGUGAAGGAGGAUGAUGUUGAAAAUAUAGAAAACUUGGCGAAUGAUCUAGACUCGAACUAG